AAAACUGUGCUUGUUGGGGGGAGGGGAGGGGGGCGCGGGGGUAGAACUCUCACCAGUAUUCAGGUUGCUGUUUGUCGGUUUCUGCCUCCUUUUUACGAUGCAGCUACAUGUGCUUGACCUGUUUCUUGACUGCCUGACGGAGGAGAAUGAGAAAUUGAUCGAGUUUGGAAUGGCUGGCAUCUGCAACUCGUGCUGUGAUCGCAAAAAUGCAGCAAUUCUCGUUCAGAAUGGUGCCAUCCCAUUGGCUAUUGGAUGUUUAACUAGUCCGGUCGAGAAGACGGUAUUGUCCGCCAUUGCAACUCUAUUUUAUCUGUGCAACUCGAGCACUCGCAAGGAGAUCUUAACUCCCACUGUAGCAGAGUGUAUGGAGAAGUACGCAGCUGCCCGUGCUGUCAAUGUAAAAUUGAGUAACACUGCCAAGGCCUUUCUAGAUAAACACUUGCCGGACCACAAGAGGGUGGAUUCUUCCCAGGAGCCUUCAGUGACCAUUCGAAGACAGGAGCAGCAAGAAGACACUGCAGACCCUCCAGCGCCAGCAGUGGAAACCGCAACAGUAGAAAUUGCAGCAGCGCAAACUGAGGCAGUGGAAACUGGAGCAAUGGAGACUGCAGCAGUGGAAACCGCAACAGUGGACACUGCAGCAGUGGAAGCUGGAGCAAUGGAAACUGCAGUAGUGGACACCAGAGUAGUGGAAACCGCAACAGUGGACACUGCAGCAGUGAAAACUGCAGGAGUGGAGACUCCAACAGUGGAAACUGCAGCAGUGGAAACUGCGGUAGCAGCAGAUGAGUACGGUUCCCUGAAAACGGGAUGGGGUUGCUGUUUCUGUGAGAGAUCGGAAACAACAGACAAGGCCAAGGAUAGUAAACCUGGGGUGACGAUGAAAACUGGGAGGGGGGAAGGAGAUGUGGGGCUACUGGUGAUGACCACGGAGCCGUGUUUGGCGGAUUCUAGAAACUGGCAGCUCCCUCGGGUGCUCUAUGGAUGUAGUUGCGGCUUGCUCAGUUCUCGUGAGGACUUGUUUGUUUGCAAAGAAUGUAAUCAGACCUGCUGCCGGCGGUGCAUCUCUGAAGAAAUUGAGACGGUCUACUGCCCGUCUUGCUUACGCCAAACUGAGGCAGCGGACGUGGAGUACCAGCACGAAGAUGGGGCCUGCAAUGGUUCUCCCUUGUGCCACUGCACAAAAUGUGCGGUUUGUUGCCGAGCAGCCAAUCGAACCCGAUGCCAUGAAUGUGCCGACUGCCCACAAUGCGCGUCAGCGUUGCUGACCACGGCAGGAGAAGCGGGGCUUACACGUGUGGCUGUGGAGGGUUCUCCGAUGGGCGAAAUCACCCAUACCUCUGACAAUGGGGUCACAGGACAGACGUCAUGGAGCCGCAGGAAUGGUGGUCCUCCUUGCCGCCUCACAUGGAGUUGUCAUUCUUGCGGAUGGUCGUCCACUGCAACGGGCCAUGUCGAUACCCUUGUGGAACAGAAGGCAGGAGCAAUUUUCAGUGAUGAUGGUGAUGAGAGGAGCGGUGAAGAAUGCAGGAAAUCUGAUAGACGCCUUCUACAGCUUGCCCAACGCUUAGCACAUGAUCUGCAUUCUCUGCAGCUCAACCGCCAGCGCCCGGCUCCCACUCUCACACAGCUAGCACGCAGCCGGCGUCUUUCUGGCAAGAUAACCAGCAAGACCCCCAAAGCACAACCGAAACUGCAAAUGCCAGCGUUUCUCGACAAGCCAAUGCGAAUGUUUCUCAACAAGCCAAGAGGGCAGCCUUUUUCCAACUCCUCUCAAGUUUUGUCGAGGCCUAGUGAUUGGAAUGGCCUUCUUGGUGACUGUCCAGACUCCAAGCCGCCGACUGGAAGAAGCGCUUCAUGUCGCGUAUUCGGUUAUCCCCCCGACUCGAAUCAUGUGCCCUCUACGACAGCUAUCCCCUUCAAGUCCUUGCCACCAGAAAGUGUGACUUCUGCCAAGAGGCGUCCGAAGCCCGAGGUCGAUGAUCGUAGUUCAACUCUUCUUGCGGAGAAGCCUACAGAACUAUCAGAUGUAGAUCAUCCUUGUCCGUGUUCGUGUUCUUCCAACAAGCUCAAGCCUGUUUUCAAACAACUUGUCUGCAAGCGGACGGGCCGAUGCCCGUACUGUGAGCGCUAUGUCAUCAAACCAGAUCCUGACCCGAGAUCGUCGCAGUACGUCAUCCGCGAGCACACGUCAGGGAUCAGGGUGUUGCCCUUGCUCACUCUUCGGCAGCAUUUGCCGUCGCCACAGUCCGUCGGGCGAAACCAAACCACCCACGCCAUCAUCGAGAUUCGGAACAUGCGACCCGAUCCUGUCCAUGUUGUCCUUUGCAGCAGCAGCUGUCAAAAUGAGGUCUCUCGAAUCUCUUCCGACGCCGGCACAUCGCAUCGAACAGCGAUUGACUGGAGCAGGCAGGAAGCGGAGGCUCAGAACCAUGCAGAGCAAGCAACAGAUCAGCUGCAUCAGCCCCCAGGGGCAAUCAGACACCGACAGAAUAGCAAAGUCAAGUCGUACUGGGUUUACCAACAUUCGGAUUCCGGGGUAGGUUGCAGGGAAAAGCGCAGCGCCAAGUGGCGGACUGAGGACACGUGUACAUCUGUGAGGGACGGUUACUAUAAGAGGAAUGUUUUCCCGAUGGAGGAAUGGAACGCGGAGGAGAACAGAUUACUUGCCACCGAUAUCGAUGCCUGCGAAACGUUGGAGGGACUGUCACUGCAAGACGCGGAGGAGGUUAAUGGCGAUGAUGAUGAUGAUGAGAAAUAUGAAAAUGAUAUGCUGGAGAAGGAAAUCCUACGCCAGUUGUCAUCAUCUGAUGGAGACCCCCAAGCCAACAAUCAAGCAGCAAUCGCCUACAGAUGCAGGCAUGUAGUUGGCGUAAGGAUCAGUAUCGCACACACCCUUGAUUGUGGUACACCAGAUCCCCUAUCCGACAGUGCAAAGGGCAUUGCAGCCUCGUCCGAACACCGGAGGUUCAUCCUUCAUGUGGUCGUUAAGGGAAUUAACAGAGGCUGGGGGGACUCAGAGGAGAGAGCAAUCAAGUUCUCAGUCUUGGUGCAUCUCAGUCUUUCGGAUUAGCACAAAGUCAACCUUUUUUUUUCCUUCGAAUUCUUUCCCCUUUUUCCCUUGGAUAGUUUAGACACUG